UCAUCAUGCACCGAUUUAAGGAUGUACCGUACAUUCCUUCAACGCCGUACAAUGCGCUAUCCACGUCAGUCACGGUUCUGGGAUCGUUUGCAUAUCCAGCUUUGGUGCCCAAUCAUGUGUUUGAUGCUCCGGAAAGCAUGAGUUUUGUGCAGCGAGUGAAAAACUUUUACUUCGAUAUGUAUGAAAUGAAUCUUCACGAAACUGUCUUGCAUCCAGAGUCGGAUAGAAUCGUGCGCAAACUAUACCCGGACGCUCCCUCGACUUACACGUUCUACAAAAAUGUUCGUCUAUCGCUCGCCAACGUGAAUCCAGUGAUCCAGUACAAGGAACCGAUGAUGCCGAGCAUGAUACCGGUGGGAGGAUUACAAAUUAUGCCAUCAAAACCAUUACCAGACGACUUGCGCAAGGUUGUGGAAGGUGCCAAGAAUGGGUUCAUUCUGUUCUCGCUCGGUAGUAAUGCACGUAGCGAUCUCCUAGGUCAGGAACGUAUUCGAAACAUUCUAAACGCUAUGGAGCGAUUGUCACAGUAUCAGUUUUUGUGGAAGUUUGAAUCUGACGAGUCCAAGUUACCCGUACCGGUGCCGAAAAAUGUGUACAUCCGUGCCUGGAUGCCCCAGAACGAUUUGUUGGCCCAUCCAAACAUUAAGCUGUUCAUCACACACGGUGGAUUACUGAGCACGCAGGAAGCGAUUUGGCAUGGGGUUCCAAUUCUUGGGUUUCCUUUGUAUUCUGAUCAGUUCCGAAACAUCAACUAUUGUGUAGAGAAAGGUGUUGCAAGACGACUCUCGAUACAACACUUCCAAGCUGACGAACUCGUUCAAACGAUGAAAGAGAUGUUGGGCAGCGACAACUAUAGUCAAAAGAUGAAGCAAAUGUCACGAAUCUUCCGCGAUCAGCCAGAAAGUCCGCUGGAACGGGCGGUCUGGUGGUGCGAAUGGGUGCUUCGUAAUCCGGACUCAAAUCUGCUACAAUCGCGAGCCGUUUAUAUGAGCUGGUUCCAGAAGUAUUCUUACGAUGUAAUAACGUUUGUCCUAGGGGUUAUACUUUUACUUGGAGUGACCACAUGGAAGGUGAUAAAUAUUGUUUCAGGAAGAUUUCUAACUACAGGAAAAAAAUCAAAAGUUGAGUAGGGUGAAGUGUGGAAAUUGGAAUCCAAAAUUAGUGUAGUGGAUCAAUCUGUACUUCCUAUUAAUGUACAAGUCAUAUUUAACAUAGGACAUCCUAAAUGCAACUAAGGCCUUAUCAUACGCCCAGAGUAUACACUUUAUUCCACUCGAGAUUUUUUUUUAUUCAGAUAUAGCGACCUGGCCGUAUUGAUACUCGAGAUUUAAUGUCUUCGUUACAAAUGUACAAAUGUUUGUUUUGUAUUUUGGUUUGGCUAAUUUGGUUAUUGUACACAUAUAUUCCGUUUCAAUUCUUGUCUAUCAAACUUUUCGUUUCAACUCACUCGCACAGUUUAGUUUCAACUCACGUAUUUACUCUUUUUGCAACUCGACUCACUCAGCACGGCUACAUGCUUACACUCAUGGGUGAGUAAAAUGACCGAACAUUAACUUAUACGUUUAUGCCGGGUUUUUUAUGACUACGAAAUGAGUCGUCAAACGAACUGACUCCUAAUAACGACUUAUUCACUCUGAGUUGACUCACUAAAAAGAGUUGUUAUUCUCAUGUCUAGUAUGAAGUUAGAGACAAAGCCCAAGGAGUCCCAGAGAUUGCUCGAGAACUUUAGAGAGGACCUAACCAACCUGCAGUAUAGCGACUCCCGUGGACAAGGACAAGUAGAAAUUUUGAGCAGCGAUGUAGUGUGUGAUUGUUCAUAUCUCAAACAAGCACUCGGCUGCUCGAAGUACCAAUGAAUAGACGAUCUGCAGAUAAGAGCCAGCUUAUUUUACAGUUGUUUGACGAUAUUGCUGUAGUGUUCAUGAAAUCGUUUACCUGUCAAGAAUAACACCAAGAUCCUUAAUGAAAAAUGACUUAGUUGAAGGUUUGGGAAUUGAUGUGGGAUUGAACCUGAGAAUGGAAGUAGAAGAUUGGUUUCGAAUUACGAGUAAUUUAAAUUAUGACCAAUGUUAAGGAGCGCAUUAAACUCGUUUGUCGAGGUACCAUUGUACCUAUUUAUAGA